GAAUCUCUUUAAAAAACAUAUAUCCUAAAUUCCUAAUACCCGUUCAGUUCACUUCAGAACACAAAAAGAGAAAAUAAAAACAGACUAAAACACCAUCACACAAACAACGAUGGGCAAAGAUACCUUCAAGCUAGUUGGAUUCAAGAACUUCACUCGUAUCAAUCCCUGUUCAGAUUUCUUCUCCGUUAAACGUUUCCAUCACAUUGAAUUUUGGUGUGGUGAUGCUACAAAUACAGCUCGUCGUUUUUCUUGGUCACUUGGAAUGCCAAUUGCAGCUAAAUCUGACCUUUCAACUGGUAACUCUGUUCAUGCUACUUAUCUCCUCCGUUCCGUUUCUGGUGGGCUCCAGUUCGUCUUCACUGCUCCUUAUUCGCCUUCUAUUUCAACGCCGUCAUCUGCAGCCAUCCCAAGUUUCUCUACAUCCACUCACAGGGAUUUCACGGCAACUCACGGACUCGGUGUCCGUGCACUUGCUUUGGAAGUGAAGAAUGCCUACACGGCGUUCUCCGCUAGUGUUUCACGUGGAGCGAAACCACGGUAUGAACCUGUAACGAUUGAUGAACACGUGGCUGUGGCGGAAGUCCACCUAUACGGCGACGUCGUUUUGCGGUUUGUGAGUUAUCUUAAAGAUGCGGACAGCCUCGUUUUCCUCCCAGGUUUCGAGGCCAUGGAUGAAACGGCAUCCUACAAGGAACUAGAUUAUGGGAUUCGCCAGCUUGACCACGCCGUUGGGAAUGUGCCAGAGCUGGGACCUGUAGUGGAUUACAUCAAGCGCUUUACUGGGUUUCAUGAAUUCGCUGAGUUCACAGCUGAAGAUGUUGGGACUGCUGAGAGCGGAUUGAACUCGGUGGUGUUGGCAAACAAUGACGAAACUGUGUUGCUUCCGCUGAAUGAGCCGGUGUAUGGAACCAAAAGGAAGAGUCAAAUUCAGACUUACUUAGAGCAUAAUGAAGGGGCAGGAGUGCAACAUUUAGCUUUGGUUACAGAGGAUAUAUUCAGAACUUUGAAGGAAAUGAGGCAAAGGAGCGGAGUUGGGGGAUUUGAAUUCAUGCCUUCGCCUCCACCUACUUAUUAUAAGAAUUUGAAGAGUAGGGCUGGGGAUGUACUCAGUGACGAACAAAUCCAGGCAUGCAAAGAUUUGGGAAUCUUGGUGGAUAGGGAUGAUCAGGGGACUUUGCUUCAGAUAUUCACCAAGCCUGUGGGAGACAGGCCAACAAUAUUUAUUGAAAUUAUUCAGAGAAUCGGUUGCAUGCUCAAAGAUGAAAAUGGACAAGUUUAUCAGAAGGGCGGAUGUGGAGGCUUCGGUAAGGGAAACUUCUCAGAGCUCUUUAGAUCGAUCGAGGAAUAUGAGAAAAUGCUUGAAGCCAAACAUGUUAAUCAAGUAGCUGCUGCUUGAAUAUAUAAGCAUUAGCUUUCCUUUUCCCCUGCCUAAUUGACAUCGUGGUCAUGGGCGUCUAGACACAGUAUUAGUACCUUAGUUUCCAUUUGAUGUCUAUUACUAAUGAAAAUAGCUUCUGUAUAUAAGUUUAUCUGACAUGCUCUCAUGUAAAGAGUUGCUAAAGUAUGGAAGGACCAAAAAUCAAGUAAUUUAAGUGUAAGGGGAUAUGAUUGUACUAGUGGAAGAAAGUAUACUGUUGAUCAUAAGUUCUGUAAAAGAUCCUUAUCGGUUUCCUUAA